ACAAGAAAUCCAUUACUAUUUCAACUCUUUUAAGAGAAAAUAUGGGGUUCUCACUAAAGCUCUGUCCAUUGGUCUUCCUGCUUUCGUUUUUCCUUGCUUUUUCGUUCUCUUCAUCGUUUUCUUCUUCUUCAGCAACACAGCUCUGCUCUCACGAGCAUGCCACAGUGUUGUUGCAAUUCAUUAGUGCUUUUUCCAUCAAUAAGAGUGCUUCUUCUGAGUGUGAAUAUUUUUCUGGUGUUAAAUCUUACUCUUAUACAGAGUCAUGGAAGGAGGGUACAGACUGUUGCUUAUGGGAUGGGAUCACUUGUGACAAUGUCACGGGUAAUGUAAUUGAUCUUGAUCUCAGCUGCAGCAACCUUUAUGGCUCCUUCCCUUCCAACAGCAGCCUUUUUCUCAUCAAAAGUAUGCAAAGCCUCAAUCUUUCCCACAAUGAUUUUAAGCUUUCCAAGAUUCCUAGGGAAAUUGGUCAGUUUGUGAGCUUAAAGCACCUUGACCUUUCUUACUCCGUGUUCUCAGGACAAGUUCCGAACGAGAUCACCCACCUUUCUAAGUUAGUUUCACUUAAUCUCUCUAAUUCUGAGUUGAAACUUGAAAAAACAACUUUCAAGAAUCUUGCUCAAAACUUAAGUGAGAUAAGAGAACUUAUCCUUAGGGAAGUGAACUUGUCAUCCUUGAAUCCUCGUUACGUAAUGAAUCUUUCUUCUUCUUUGAUUGAUCUUGAUCUUUCUUUUUCUGACUUGAAAGGAAAAUUUCCACACAACAUUCUCCAGUUUCCAAAACUUAAGUCUCUUACAUUAGGUGGAAGUGAACAACUUACUGUUAGUCUUUCAAGGCCUAAUUUGAGUAGUCCUCUUGAAUUUUUGUAUCUAUACGACAUGAAUUGCUCAGAACUUUUUCACUCGGUCAGCAAGUUGAAGUCAUUGAAAGUUUUAAAUCUAUUUAAGUGCAGCUUGAAAGGUUCCAUUCCAUCUUCAAUAGGGAACUUAUCACAGCUUAGUAUGGUGGACCUUUCAUCGAACAAUUUAGGUGGUAGAUUUUCAGAGUUAGUCUAUUUGGACUUAAGUGGUAACUUAUUCAACGGAACAAUUCCUAGCUCUAUAACAAAUGUUGUGAAUCUUACUUCUCUUGAUUUAUCAGAAAAUGACUUGAAUGGCCAAAUUCCUGAAUGGAUGUGGAAUGUGGGGAAGGACACUUUGAGUUAUCUAAAUCUUUCUCACAACUCCUUGAUGGCUUUAGAGCAGAUCCCUUGGAGGAACAUGCAAAUUCUUGACUUCCGAACCAAUAAGCUUCGAGGAGUAUUUCCAGUUCCACCAAUUAAAAUGGUCCACCUUUUAAUCUCAAACAAUCACUUGUUUGGGGAGAUUUCUUCUGAACUUUGCAAAGCUAAUUCCCUUGAAAUUCUUGACCUUUCACACAACAACUUAAGUGGGUUGAUUCCAAAUUGUCUUCCUGACUUGAGCAAAAGUCUUUCAGUGUUGAAUUUGCAAGCAAAUAGGUUUCAUGGAAAUAUGCCAUCAAUGUUUCCAAAGGGAUGCAGAAUACAAAAUUUCAAUUUGCAUGGAAAUCAAAUGGAAGGCCCAUUACCUAGAUCCUUGGUGAAUUGUAGCAUGUUGGAGGUUCUAGACAUUGGCAACAACAACAUAAAGGACACAUUCCCCUACUGGUUGGAAUCACUUCCCGAGCUACAAGUGCUUAUCCUAAGGUCAAACAAAUAUCAUGGUUUUGUGAGCAACACCAAAGCAAAUUCAUCUUUCCCCAAGUUACGGGUUUUGGACCUAUCUGACAAUAAUUUUGUUGGUCCUUUGCCUAUGCACUACAUUGAAAAUCUCAAAGCUAUGGUAAAUGCUCACGAAGAUGGCAACUCCGCACAAUACAUGGGGGGAAGAUUUUCAUAUGAAUAUUCAGUAAUGGUGACAAUGAAAGGAUUUUUCAUUGAACUAGAAAAAGUUUUGACCAUAUUUUCAAGCUUUGAUCUCUCAAAAAACAAGUUUGGUGGAGAGAUACCAAAAGUUAUUGGAAAGCUUAGGUCUCUCAAAGGACUUAAUCUUUCUCAUAACAACCUUAAUGGUUCUAUUCCACAUUCACUUGGGAACUUAACCAAUCUCGAAUGGUUGGACCUAUCUUCCAAUGAGCUAGUCGGGGAAAUUCCGCAAGAGUUGGUAUCUUUAACAUCACUUUCCGUUCUAGACCUUUCCAACAAUCAACUCGACGGAUGCAUACCACAAGGCAAUCAAUUCAACACCUUUGAAAACAGUUCAUAUGAGGGAAACCCUAGGUUAUACGGAUUUCCAUUAACAAAAUCUUGUGAUGGAAAUGGGACGCUGCAACAACCACCAGGCUCCUUCCAUGGAAAAGAUCAUGAGUUAUGGGAAUUUGGUUGGAGAGUUGUGCUGCUAGGGUAUGGAUGCGGAUUGGUGUUUGGACUACUAAUGGGGUAUUUUGCCUUCCAAACUGGAAAACCAAAAUGGUUUGUGACUUUGUUUGCUGGCCAACAUAAUCAAAAAGCAAGGAAUGUGAAGAAAGCUUGAACAUGUCCUCAAAGAAGAACUUGUAGAUUUGUUGACUAAGACCUCAGUGUUUCCUAAAUGUUCUUGUUUUGAUUGAAUUGUGUUUUUUUUUUAUGACAUGCAUAAUCUUUUCAUCUUCCCUUUGUACUUUAUAAUUCUCUAUCUCUGUUAGAAAAUAUGUUUAAAAGUUACCAGAUUACACUCAUAAAGCAUGUGAUUCUUAGUGAAAUAUUUGUAUGUAUCACGUCCCUUGGCAAGCAUGUCUUGAUCAAUGGGACAAAUGCUUCCAAUAACCCUUGCAAGUAAUGUUGCUGGUGAAUCAUUUUGGAAAAGGACCUACACCAAAGUUUCAUUGAUACCAAUUUGCAAGUUUCAAAGUGAUCAGUUGCAAUAGUUUCAA